AUGAAAAUUUCCAAAGACCGAGUUAGAUUCAAUGUAGGAGGCAGAAUCUUUGAAACAACCUCAACAACGUUAGCUAAUGCAGGCAGAAACUCGUUUUUUGGUGCAUUAUUCAGUGAAAACUGGACCUUAAAGCAACCAAACAAUGACUCAUUUUCCAAUUGUGAAUUCUUCAUUGAUAGAAACCCUGAUUGUUUCUCUGUUCUCCUUGAUCUUCUUCGCACCGGCGAUCUCAAUAUCCCUCCAAACAUCCCUGAGAGACACCUCUACAGAGAGGCCUCCUUUUAUGGUUUGUUGGACCAUGUAAGAUCAGCGAAAUGGGGACAGUUUGAUGGCAACAGGCUCCGCCAUUCGCGGUCUGUUACAGGACGGGCACCAGGGGACGGGACCGCGAUUCGUGCUGGUCCUGAUGGUGGGUGCUGUGUGGCUCAUGGUAGUGUUGUUCAUGUUUAUGAUUGGAUUAUGGAAGAGCACCCUCCAUUGAAUCUUGAUUAUCAAAGAGUCAAUGAUGUUGGCUGGGUUGACAGUGAGAACAUAAUUAUUAGUGCUUGUGAGAAAUUAGGCCGCGGGGACGGAGGGAUGGGGUUGUUUAGUAAGGGUACAGGGGAAUUGAGGUACAAGUUUCAGGUUUGCCAUGAUAAUCAAGUGAAGAGUUUCACUGCUGGGGCUUUAAGUACAAGUUCUGAUUAUAAGAUAUUUAGUAGUUGUAAAGGAAGGAGUAAUGAGUAUGGGAUUGGAGUUUGGGAUCAAGUUACUGGAAAACAGAUUGAUUUCUUUUAUGAGAGUCCGGGUUGGUCAUUAGGUGAUGCUGAUAAGUUGCAAUGGUUGAAUGGGAGCAAUUGUUUGUUGGUGGCUACUUUGUUUCCUAGGAAAGAUAACUGUUACAUUAGUAUGUUGGAUUUCAGGGAUAAGAGGAUGGUGUGGUCUUGGUCUGAUUUUGGUGCUCCUACAACUGUGGACGAGAAGCGAGUGCGAGAUGCUAUAGCUAUGGAGGAGAGUAAUGCUAUUUGUGUGGUGAAUGAGUAUGAGGAUUUGGGGUUUAUGGAUUUGAGAAUGACUGGAGGGAGUGUGAGGUGGAGCUCAAGAAGUCGGAUGAUGAAAGGGAAACUGUCUGAGGAGCCUUGUUAUCCCAAACUGGCAUUACAUGAGGGGCAGCUGUUUUCAUCUAUGGAUGACUGCGUUUCUGUGUUUUGUGGUCCUGAUUGGGUUUUGACAUCUAGGCUUCGCCGGAGUUAUGGAGGUUCAAUCUGUGACUUUUCGAUUGGUGGGGAUCGGCUCUUUGCCCUUCACAGCGAGGAAAAUGUAUUUGAUGUAUGGGAAACUCCACCUCCACCAGUUUCAUGA